GGAAGCUCGGUGAGAUAGCAAUGCCGGUGGAUUAUUAGCAUACACGGCUAGUAUGAAGCGCGGCCAAGAGGUGACAUCACGUCUGGUCAACCAACCACUGAGCUCCCAGGGGCUCAGCAGACAAUCCACCUCAGGACACCCUCAGGAGAGUCUCAAAGCUCCAAGUGAGCCUCCUGCUCCACACUGCUUCAUUUAAGCUUCAUCCUGACAUCCCCAUCUUUUUAUUCACGCUUCACAUUUUCCUUUCAAAGAGUCCAGCCGACAUUUUGAACACACGUUUGGGAUUAAACCAGGCCUGAAGAACGAGGAGGGGGAGGAGGAGGGGGAGACUUUAAGCCCAUGCUCACCCUAAGACACUUUCCUUCUGCUUGAUAAGUUCAGACACAGAGGAGGACAGUCUGUAGUGUCUCCACAGACGCAGCUGCACAGGGAGGCUUCACCAUGCCAACUGUGAAGAGCAAGAAGAAGAAGGUGAAGAAGGAGGUCAACGAUGGAGAGGAGCAGGGAGAAGUGGCGCUGGAGGUGGAGAUGGAGGAAGGAACCGUCAGGAGCCCCUCUGACAGCCGAGACCCUUUGACCCCAGAGCCACAGGAUCCUGCACCACAUAAGAAGAAGAAGAAGAAGAAGGCCCCCAUCGACCAGGAAGCAGAGCACGCUGACAUGCCGAACGGUAACAUGGCCGAGUCCGUCGUGGAAGAAGAGGAGAUGACUGUUCCCGUAACCAGAAGAACAAAAAGGAAGAGGAAGGUGAAGACGACGGAGCACUUCAGCAAUGACAUCGGAGCCGAGGACGACGAUAUCGUCACAGAGGCCCAGUCUCCCAUCCCCCAGCAUUCCUUGUUCACUGCCCCACACGGACACAGCCAGCCAGCCGGCAAAGUCUUCGUGGAGAGGAGCCGACGUUUCCAGGGAGAGAGAGUGGAGCAGUUCCGACACUCUGAGUUGAUGGACGACUACCUGGACCCCAGACAGAUCUGGACCACCAGAGACAUCGCUAUGAGAAUCCACAGUGGCUUCAGGGUGAUCGGCCUGUUCUGUAAUGGAUUCCUGGCCGGCUAUGCUGUGUGGAACAUCAUUGUCGUGUACGUGUUAGCUGGAGACCAGAUGACAACGCUGCCCAACCUCCUGCAGCAGUACCACCUGCUUGCCUACCCAGCUCAGUCUCUGCUCUACCUGCUGCUGGCCAUCAGCACAGUGUCUGCGUUUGACAGAGUGAACCUGGCCAAGGCCUCCAUGGCUCUGAGAGGCUUCCUUACACUGGACCCUGCCGCUCUGGCUUCUUUCUUGUAUUUCAUAGCCCUGAUCCUGUCCCUCAGUCAGCAGAUGACCAGCGAUCGCAUCAACCUCUAUCCCACUGCCAACGAGACUCUGUGGCCUCCUGGUUCAGAGCAGCAGAUCUUGCGGCCGUGGAUCGUGGUGAACUUGGUGGUGGCGCUGCUGGUGGGCCUGGCCUGGGCUGUCGUCUCCACGCGGCCGGACAUCGAUUACACAGAAGAGUUUUUGAUGACGAUGGAAGUAGAGGGAUAUCCGAGAGGAGACGAGAACCUGGAUACUCCUGCCUGAAACCCUGAAAACCUGUCUGUGUGUUUGUCUCAAUCAAAACUCUUUUUUUUUUUUUGCGAAAUUAAUGAAUGUUUUUGCACGAUGUGUUACCUAGCACUUUGUUUUACCUCAAUGUGAUUUUGUAAAUAAAUAAAUGCAGUACAUGUACACUG